GUGGGUGUGGUGUUUGUGGGCUUCUGCCUCGGCGCCGCGGGUGCCACCUCCCGGGACGCUGCCCAGCGUCCCCGGUCGCGGUACAGAGUGUCUCAAGAGCUUGAGUGUGGAACAUCAUCAGUGGAACUGAGGCAUUUCUUCAUGAUCAAACAAAUAAUAGAAGUCUGUUGAAGCUUUGUCCUGACCUAUUCUGGAAGUAGAAGAAUACCCUGGAGAAAGGAGCAUUGUAAGCACAAAGAAUAAAACCCCUCAAUCCUGGGAGAGAGAAUUAAAGUCUAACCCUCCAAAUGGCUGCUCUAAUGUGAUACUGGAAUUGAAUUUACCUAGGGCUCCAUAUCAAGGUUGACUUGGAAGUCUUAUUGAAGAUCUGGGAGAAAUAGGUAUUAAGUCAUGAUGCAGGAAUCUGCGACAGAGACAAUAAGCAACAGUUCAAUGAAUCAAAAUGGAAUGAGCACUCUAAGCAGCCAAUUAGAUGCUGGCAGCAGAGAUGGAAGAUCAAGCGGUGACACCAGCUCUGAAGUAAGCACAGUAGAACUGCUGCACCUGCAACAACAGCAGGCUCUCCAAGCAGCAAGACAACUUCUCUUACAGCAGCAGACAAGUGGAUUGAAAUCUCCCAAGAGCAGUGAUAAACAGAGACCACUGCAGGAAUUGCUUCCAGAAACAAAAUUAUGUGUCUGUGGCCACUCUUCUGGUGAUGGGCAUCCUCACAACACAUUUGCAGUGCCUGUGUCGGUGGCCAUGAUGACUCCCCAGGUGAUCACCCCUCAGCAAAUGCAGCAAAUCCUUCAGCAGCAAGUCCUGUCUCCUCAGCAACUCCAAGCCCUUCUUCAGCAGCAGCAGGCAGUCAUGCUGCAGCAGCAACAACUACAAGAGUUUUACAAGAAACAGCAAGAGCAGUUACAUCUUCAGCUUUUGCAGCAGCAGCAACAGCAGCAGCAGCAGCAGCAGCAACAGCAACAGCAGCAGCAGCAGCAACAGCAGCAGCAGCAACAACAGCAGCAGCAACAGCAGCAGCCACAGCAACAGCAUCCUGGAAAGCAAGCAAAAGAGCAGCAGCAGCAGCAGUUGGCAGCCCAGCAGCUUGUCUUCCAGCAGCAGCUUCUCCAGAUGCAACAGCUCCAGCAGCAGCAGCAUCUGCUCAGCCUUCAGCGUCAGGGACUCAUCUCGAUCCCACCUGGCCAGGCGGCACUUCCAGUCCAGUCGCUGCCUCAAGCUGGCUUAAGUCCUGCCGAAAUUCAACAGUUAUGGAAAGAAGUGACUGGAGUUCACAGUAUGGAAGACAAUGGCAUUAAGCAUGGAGGGCUAGACCUCACUACUAACAAUUCCUCCUCGACUACCUCCUCCACCACUUCCAAAGCAUCACCACCAAUAACCCAUCAUACCAUAGUGAAUGGACAGUCUUCAGUUCUAAAUGCAAGGCGAGACAGCUCGUCGCAUGAGGAGACUGGGGCCUCUCACACUCUCUACGGCCAUGGAGUUUGCAAAUGGCCAGGCUGUGAAAGCAUUUGUGAAGAUUUUGGACAGUUUUUAAAGCACCUUAACAACGAACAUGCGUUGGAUGACCGAAGCACUGCACAGUGUCGAGUGCAAAUGCAGGUGGUGCAGCAGUUAGAGAUACAGCUUUCUAAAGAACGCGAACGUCUUCAAGCAAUGAUGACCCACUUGCACAUGCGACCCUCAGAGCCCAAACCAUCUCCCAAACCUCUAAAUCUGGUGUCUAGUGUCACCAUGUCGAAGAACAUGUUGGAGACAUCCCCACAGAGCUUACCUCAAACCCCUACCACACCAACGGCCCCAGUCACCCCGAUUACCCAGGGACCCUCAGUAAUCACCCCAGCCAGUGUGCCCAAUGUGGGAGCCAUACGAAGGCGACAUUCAGACAAAUACAACAUUCCCAUGUCAUCAGAGAUUGCCCCAAACUACGAGUUUUAUAAAAAUGCAGAUGUCAGACCACCAUUUACAUAUGCAACUCUCAUAAGGCAGGCUAUCAUGGAGUCAUCUGACAGGCAGUUAACACUUAAUGAAAUUUACAGCUGGUUUACACGGACAUUUGCUUACUUCAGGCGGAAUGCGGCAACUUGGAAGAAUGCAGUACGUCAUAAUCUCAGCCUGCACAAGUGUUUUGUUCGAGUAGAAAAUGUUAAAGGAGCAGUAUGGACUGUGGAUGAGGUAGAAUACCAGAAGCGAAGGUCACAAAAGAUAACAGGAAGCCCAACCUUAGUAAAAAACAUACCUACCAGUUUAGGCUAUGGAGCAGCUCUGAAUGCCAGUUUGCAGGCUGCCUUGGCAGAGAGCAGUUUACCUUUGCUAAGUAACCCCGGGCUGAUCAAUAACGCCUCCAGCGGCCUGCUGCAGGCUGUCCACGAAGACCUCAAUGGUUCCCUGGAUCAUAUCGACAGCAAUGGGAACAGCAGCCCAGGCUGCUCGCCUCAGCCGCACAUACAUUCAAUUCAUGUCAAGGAAGAGCCAGUGAUUGCCGAGGAUGAAGACUGCCCCAUGUCCUUAGUGACAACAGCUAAUCACAGUCCAGAACUAGAAGAUGACAGAGAGAUUGAAGAAGAGCCUUUAUCUGAAGAUCUAGAAUGAGAACUGACUUGUGAAACCUCAGCAUGAAGGGACAUAUCACUGACCUUCAUAACCACUCCACAACCAUGAAUAUUUGACAGAUUUUUACUGUGACUAUUUAUUAAGCAUGGAUAAAGGAGACAGCCCUUAAAGGAACUUAUGAAGCCAGCCCUUUGGGAUUCAGUACCAACAGGCAAAUUGCUUGUUUUCUUCUCUCUCUUUCUCUCCUUCUCUGUCUCUUUUUUUUUAGUAAAAAAAAAAAAAAAAAGACAAAAACUGAUUUUCUUGGGGAAAAAAAAAAAAAAGAACUGUUCUUUCUAUAAUGGCUUUGCCCAUUUAAAAAAAUGUGGCUCUUAAGGGUUCAUGAAAUGACUGAAUAUGAGGAUACACAUCCUGUAGAAAGCAAACGCGCCUCAUAUACUGCCAAAAAUAGUGUUAGUUUCAUUAAUGUGAAUUUUCCAGCAUUCAGUAGUUGUAAUGUUAGAAACAAUUGCUGGUCAAGUUCAACUUGUUGCUAUUGUUUUUAAUUUGCACAGGAGUAGUAUCAGAAAUUAGUGUCACUGCUUGUAUCUAGCUGAAUUUUAAACAACAGAACAUUAGUUUUUUAUGUUGGUGCCACCAACUGUAAAUGACAUAAGUUAGUUAUUACAAAACACAGUAAUUAGACUGUUGCAACCAUCUAAAACCUUAGGCUUCCAGUCUGUGCUGUUAGUGUUAAGAUGUAAAGUGCAAUCCUAAGCUAACAUUAUCUGUGCAAGCACCAUAGAAACAUUUGCAUAUCUGCAUAGAUCUUACAACUAUACUCUUUACCUCCUUGUGAUAAAGCUUUGUCUACCUGCAAACACAGUCAAAGGCUACAGCUGCAAACCAAAGCCAACUCUAACCAUGGCCAAGAGCUCAAGGACAGAAGCAGCCACAUGCUUUGGUCAGCCUUCUGUAACUUCAAUUAGUACAAAGGAACCUUCUCCAUGAACUACCUGCUGUUUUCUGAUGACCUCUGGGAUCUUUUCAUUUAGCCCUAAAAACCAAGAAUCAAAUAUGACAAAAACCACAACUAAAAAACCUAAUUCAGUCACAGAGUAAUCUUCUGAGGCCAAAAGUCCAUCUAAAUGCAAUGAAGAUUUGCUUUCAUUAAAGACAGAGGUGAGGACAAAAUCUGCAGUGGAAGUUAUGACAUGCUAGAAAGCAACAAAUGUGGAUCACUGACCAAAACGAUUAUGUACUUGAUGCAAAUGCAGAUUGCAUAUUGUUAUAUAUAUAUAGGACAUUGUGUUUUUGUUUUCCCCAUCCAGUCACUUAUUUUUGGUGGUGAAUACAUGUUGUUAGAAGAUGUCUUGUAUGGUCUGAAUCUUUGUUGUGUACUAUUUUUUAUAGUCUUAAGUUAUAAUGAAAAAAAAAGUAGGAACCAAACAUAAAAGGUCUAGUAAAGCCAAAAAUUAAUUUCAUAUUGAUUUUAAAGUGAUCUAGCUGAGUUUUUACACUGAAAGCAAAGAUUAUAGCAAUUGUAGUCCAUGGUAUUUAUUUUCAGUCAAACCAAAGUUACAUAUAAUUCUGCCUCUGCUGAUACGGGAUAUUAACACUAACAAUACACUCCCUUUCAAAGACUUGCACAGGCCAAAUUGUUGGAAUGCUGGUUUUCGCGAUGACUCCAAACCCCCAAACUAGGAUAAUGCAUUAUGGUGUAGUUGAAAAUAGCAUAGUCAAAUGUUUGCUUAAAACCUAGAAACUUUACGUGUUGCUUUUCAUGUGCUGUGCCAAGUCUUGAUAAUACUUUUUCCCCCAACCAAGGGACCUCAUAACCUGAUGAUGGUUAUUGCUUUACAAACAGUUUCGACAGAAGGUGGCUGCUAGAGCUUAACAUAUGUACCAGUUCCAUGUGAUGGAGCUGGUCCUUGCAAACUAAGCUCAUCAUUUAUUCUUUGCUGAAGUCAGCAAAUAGAGUUAGAGAAAUACCCAGUCAUCUAUCACACCAAAUAAAAGGACAUAACGGCUUUCAAAAGGGUUUUCCCACUUACCCAAAAGGCUUUCUGAAAGCUUCUACCUCUGCAAAAAAAAAAAAAGAAAAAAAAAGAAAAAAAAAAAGAAAAAAAAUUAGAACAAUUAUGGCAGAUUGCAUGAAACGUGAGAACGUCACAGUAACUGCUACUUUUCAUUCUGUUUGUCUUUGGGUCAUGAUCAGUGAAUGGGAAGUUUGCGAUAUGGUAUCAAAAGAAAGAUUGGGAUUGGGAAGGAUGGUUUUCAGUCAUCUAGGAUCCUACUGGAAGGCUUAUCUGAAGGGAAAAUGGGUCUUUCAGGUGCAUGUUCAAAGGCUUUGAUGGACUGAAAGUAAUCUUGAGAGCUGUACCAUCAGGAGGGUGGCCUAAGACUACAAUGCUAAAGUAUGCAUACCUCAGUUAUCAAACUUUUGAAAGGAAGUCUCAGCCACAGAAUGCAUAUACCUGUAGAGUUUUGCAUGGGUUUUAUAUGAAUACAAUUUUAAAAAAUAGCUGCUUGCACAUUAUACCAGAAAAACCUCCAAAACUGCAAUUGCUUUGAAAAUAGAUUUUAGGUUUUUUGGAGUUUUCUGAAAUGCUUGGUCUGUAUUUUGAUAAUUGUGCAUAUUAUGUAAAAAUGUUGGUGGACCCAUAAAUGACCAGACUUUUUCUAAGAAAAAUGUUGCUUUAAUGCAUUUCAUGAAUUUUUACUCUUAUAUCAUUGCUUGCUAGUAAUAGCAAAUCUGCUUUUCUGCAUCUGCUUUGCGUAGCUAUUGUAAGGCUUUGAACUAAUGUAUGUAUUUAUUGCUUGAACUUCUGUGCAUACCUUAUAAAGCAUAAUGUCUGACAAUUUAAAUGGCUCAUGUAUUCUUGCUUCUAUCAUAAGCUGAUUAUGGGGACUAUGAUCUUUUGUAUACAGCAAAUUUUAACUGUAGCACAAACAUCUGUUUAUGUAUUGGUGGAAUAUACCUGUUUUAUUUAUCUUUUUUGAGGUAAACUAAUUUUUGAUACUUUUCAUUACUGUGUACUAUGUUCAUACUUUGAAUUCUCUGACGUUAGAAGUCAUGGUUGAGAAUUGUAACAGCUGUUAUUCGUUCUGUAUUCAUGGCUUUCACUGCUGAAUAAAAUAAAGGACCAAACCUAGGAUUUGAAA